AUGUCCUCGCCCUCCCUCUUUCCGCGUUUCCCGACUUCCCCCGCCGCAUACCCGCCGCUCACGCGCGCUCUUCGGCGCCGCUCACGCGGCGCUCCAUUCGCCACUCUUCGGCGCGGCCGACUUUCAACGUCAUUCGCCGCUCCCUCCUCCUCAGGCGGCGCCGAGGCGCAGAAAAUCGUGUACGUGGGGGGAAGCUCCAACCGGUUGCUGUCCCCAUGGGGCUUCGCAAUGAAGGAUUGGAAGGCACCCAAGGUGCUGCCGGGGGACAGCCUAGUGUUCCAGUGGUCGGGGGAAGUGCACUCAGUGCACAAGGUUGAUGCUGCCGACUAUGCCGCGUGCACGUUUCUGCAUGCGAAGCAGCUUGCGCGCAACCGCAACUACGGGAGCUACUGGUACAAGGUGAACUGGAGGGAGUACGGCAAAACCAUCUACUUCAGCAGCAAGGCCAACAAUGACUGUAGCGUUGGUAUCAAGCGACGUUCUCUCCCCCUCGAGGCGCCACCGCGUCAUACUCCGUCUCACGCUUUGAAACUCCGCCGCGCCGCUUUUACACUCAACCCUACCGCGUCGCCUGUACUCGCAAGGCUCCUCUCCAAAUCCCCGAAUCGUCGCGCUUUCUCCAUUUGCCUCGCGCCCAGAUCUUCCAAAGUGCGCUCCCGUGUCACCGCCACUCUCCUCUUUCCCCUUUUCCUCGUCGCUUUCCUGCUCACCGCCACUCUCCCCCCUUUUCCCUCCCCCCCCCCUUCCCUUCACCCCCGGCCCCCCACCUUCUUCUCCCCCUUUCCCCUCCUCGCCUUCCUCCCUCGACGCCAUCCCCCUCCACCUCCCCCUUUCCGCAAUCACCGAUGUCGCAUCGCCGGUGUCCGCCUCUCCGCGCGCGUGCCCUCCGGCGACCAUGAUCAACGGUCACCGCCAUUCGUCGCGACCUCAGGCGGCGCCGAGGCGCAGAAAGUGGUGUAUGUGGGGGGCAACAUGGGCAGGUGGCUGUCUCCGUGGGGCUUCGCGGUGAAGGACUGGAAGGCACCCAAGGUGCUGCCAGGCGACCUGCUAGUGUUUCAAUGGAUGGGCGAGGUACACUCAGUACACAAGGUUGACGCGGCGGACUAUGCUGCAUGCACGUUUCUCAACGCGACUCCGCUGGCGCGCAAUCGGAACUAUGGGAACUACGUCUACAAGGUGGUGCCCAAGGACUAUGGCAACACCAUCUACUUCACCAGCAAAGCCAACAGCGACUGUAGUGACGGGAUCAAGGCGGCUUUAGUUGUUGGGUCUUGUGUAGGCAACAUGGAUUGCACGGAUCCGAAGGAGGUAGCGUCACGCCUCGGGAAUAUUGCGUUCGGCAACGUGAUCGCAGCAGCAGCACGCGAUCUUAAGAAAGAAAAAGAGUUGUCACAGAAGAAUGCUUCCGCAGCUGUAGAGGAUGAUUUCGAUCUCGACGACCUUGCGGAUGACCCUGAGCUUGAAAAGCUACAUGCCGAACGGUUACAAUCCAUGAUGGCCGAGUCCCGGAAGCGCGAAAACCUAAGAAAGAAGGGGCACGGGGAGUACCGGGAGAUCACGGAGGAAGAGUUUCUACCAGAGGUUAAGUCAAGCGAUCGCGUCAUAUGCCACUUCUAUCACUCCGAGUUCCCUCGUUGCAAGAUCGUUGACAAGCAUCUGGCCAUUCUGGCGCCAAAACAUCUGGAGGCCAAGUUUGUAAAGAUCGACGCAGAGAAAUGCCCUUUCUUUGUGUCCAGAUUAAACAUCAAAGUUCUACCAUGCAUAAUUCUAUUAAGGGAUGCCGUCGCUUUUCAUAGAAUAGUAGGGUUUGAGGCCUUCCGGAAUCGUGACAACUUUUCAACGUCGGAACUGGAGAACUAUCUGACCAAGCAAGAAAUCUUGGAGUUAAAGGAAGACGAGGAUGCUGAAGAGGAGGAUGAAAACAAGGGAAGAAGUAUACAAGCAUCUGCUCUUUCAAGUGGCUAUGAGUAG